ACAAUAGAACACUAGAGUCAGCUGACAAGGAGGCGUGUAGUUCAAUAUGGCAGCCCUGCAGGAGAAGUUACUGUCUGGGAGCGAGAGAAAGAAACGUAGCGUCGUCGCUUUGUGGUCUGUGGGAGCCUUGUGGCUGGCUUGUCUCACAACGCGAGCUGGGGCAGGUGGCGAUCCAUCGCUGAAAUGCGAAGACCUGCGAAUUGGCCAAUAUAUUUGUGAAGAUCCUAAAAUAGACAAUGAGACACAAGAACCCUUGAAGUGUACGAAUCAUACUGCAUAUGUUGCCUGUCUUCCAGCACCAAAUAUUACAUGCAAGGAUUUCAAUGGGAGUGAAACACAAUUCACAGGAACUGAAAUAGGAUUUUACAAGCCUGUAGAAUGUCGAAACGUAAAUGGUUAUUCUUAUAAAGUAGCAGUAGCUCUUUCUUUAUUUCUUGGAUGGUUGGGAGCAGAUAGAUUUUAUCUAGGAUAUCCUGCAUUGGGUCUGUUAAAAUUCUGCACAGUAGGAUUUUGUGGAAUUGGUAGUUUGAUUGAUUUCAUUCUAAUUUCAAUGCAGAUUGUGGGACCUUCAGAUGGCUCUAGUUACAUCAUAGAUUAUUAUGGAGCAAGACUUACCAGACUGAGUAUUACUAAUGAGACAUUCAGAAAACCUCAAGUAUACCCAUAAGCCUUUUGCCUUCUUCAUGCCCAAAUCCUCUGUAGAAGCCCCCAAUUGAAGGUGCAUACGGGUGGCUACAGGUGCAAGUGGAAAUUUAUUCUGCUAGCACUGUCCAUCCUUUUGGCUGAAAGCCAUUACACACAUCCCUAUGUAACCGUAAUUAAGAAAAUCUGCACUGAGUUGGUACUCAUGAGCUACAAUUAUAUCUGUUCAAUAUGUUUAACUCAUAUAUAGUAAAGUCCUAUGCAUGUAGGAUUUUUUCCCCAUCUAAUUUGCAGCAUGUUUCAGCUAGGUGUCUGAACAUGCAUAGGAUUGUGCCUUAAAAUAUGUACUUGAGCUUUAACCCCAGAGAGCCAUUCUCUGUCAAUAAGGCAAAGGCCUAAGUGAAGUCUUUCAAGUAACACCACAGUUCAUGUUUUUGUAUAUGGAUUUUAUUCCCAAAGCCUAGCUCUGUCCUUUUCUAGCCAAAUUCAGCUACUUCCUUGGUAUCAUUGAUAUGAUACACACUAGUAAUCUGGCUUUACUUAACCAAUAUAAUAUAAUUUAGAAUUUAAUUUCAGAAAAUGUGAGUGAUUUUACAUUCACACUGGUUUUUUGUAGAGUGAGUUUCCAGGCAUGUAAAAGUAAACUAGAAUCACACAUAGACAAAGGAUAAUAUUGGAUUGUAUGAGGUCAAGUGUCAUUCCAUAGUUUUAAUAAUGAAAUGUCUACAAAUCUCAGCAGCUAGCCUGUGAAUAAGAAAGAGCCUCUCUACAGUAUUCCAAACUACAUCCACAGAUCUAUUCAUUAGGGCCAUCUCCCCUGCAGCGAUGAGCAGAACAUGACAUAGUACACAUAUCACCCUGUCCCAAGCUCUCAUUUGUGCUGUGAUCUGGAGAAGGUAAGAAACAGUGUCUCUCUUCUGGGCAGUAGAAGAUGGACUGUUUCUAAUUAUCCUUUCUGCAGUGCAUCAAGCCCACAUUUGUGAACUGCUGUUUGGAAAGAUUAUAAGGUACAGCUUUUGACAAAGACAGUGUUUGGUUCCCCUACCCUUUUGCCUCUUGUU